ACUUCCACAUUUGUUUCGCGUCGCUCCUGUCGCCUCUCCACAGCAGCGCUCUUCUCCCCCACUUGUCCACAUCCACCUAUCCACGCGUUCAGGCAGGUCCAGUAAGUGCUCCUGAUCCUCACUGACACACAGGAACAUGACUGGAGCUCAGAGGUUCAUUCUCUUUGGCUGCCUGCUGAAAGGUGUUUUGUGCAGUCAGUGGUCAGUGUGGGUGCCUCAGAGUGUAGAAGCUCUGAAUGGUUCCUGUGUGCUGAUUCCCUGCAGUUUCCACAUUCCACCAGAGUGGGACAAAGAUCUGGAAGAGACAGUAAAAGGAACAUGGAUAAAGGGCAAUAUAAGAGGGGAAAUUGUGCUUGAUUCCAGUGUUUCAGAACAAAAGAAAGGAAUUGUAACUGGUGACUUGAAUAAAAAGAACUGUACUACAAUACUGUACAAAAAAUGGCCUAAGAAGUUAUAUUUCAGAUUUGAGAUGAAGUCUGUCCAAUAUACUUUCCCAACUCUGGUCAAGAUUAACACCAAAGACUUUCCAGCGAGACCCCAGAUCACCCCAGACAAAGUGAGGGUGAAGGAGGGGGACACUGUGAGUUUGAGCUGCUCUGCUCCAGCCCCCUGUCCCAUACUUCCCCCAACUCUGACAUGGACCCCCAGGCUGAAUGACAGUGUCAGUGUUACUGAACUGCAGGAGAAGGAGGAUAAAACCAAAUAUGUGUCUUCUGUGUUGAACUUCACUGCAUCGUAUCUCCACCAUAACAAGGAAAUGAGCUGCUCUGCAGUUUACUCACUACAAGUGGACAGCAGUGAGAAAACAUCCCAGAACAGUUUCAUUCUUGAUGUUCAGUAUUCCCCUAAGAACACCUCUGUCUCCGUCAGUCCUGCUGGUUCACAGUUAGAAGGUGAUUCAGUGACUCUCAACUGCAGCAGCAAAGCCAACCCAGCAGUGAAGAAUUACAUGUGGUAUACAGUGACUCACAGUGGGAAUAAAACAGUGGGAUCAGGACAGGAGCUCAUCUUUAAUGCAUCGAGAGAUGGUGGACAGUACUUUUGUGGAGCUCAGAAUGAACAUGGAACUGAAGAUUCAGCAAUAGUUGCUCUAGAUGUGACAUAUUCUCCCCAGAUCUCUCCUCCCUGGAGCUGCAACAGGACCGCAGCAGAGAUCAGCUGUUCCUGUGAAAGUAGAGGGAAUCCCUACCCCACCAUAGAGUGGCAUCUGUCUGACCGGCUGCUCACUAACUCUACUGACAGAGUCAUUGUGGAGGAGCAUCUGGGUACCACAGGGCUGAGGAGCUCCAUCACCAUGCACCAGAAACAGAAAGACACACACACUCUUCUCUGCCUCAGCCGCAACCCUCUUGGCUCCUUUGGUGUCUCUGUUUACAUCCCUCCCUAUGAGUCUGACUCAGUUCUGAUUCACAUGGUUCCCUCUCUGAUUGGCACUGCUGCAGGAGCUACUGUGAUGAUGCUUGUUUGCAUCUUAUUUCAACUUUUUCUGUGUUUUAGGAGGCGGAAGACCAGGCAGAAGCACAGCACUAGGAUGGAGGACUCUGCAAAGGAGUUAAGAGUGAUAAACCAGAGUCCCUUCAAAGGUGCAGAACAGCUGUAUGCCAACAAAGCCAUGUUGCCAGGAGAUACACAAAUCGUGUGUGAUGGGAAUGAGGAGGAUGAAGACGGGGCCACCACUCUCCACUAUGCCAACAUUGACUUCUCUAGUGUACAGAGCAAUGGGAAGGAAAAGGGAGCGGGAGUCAUUCGGGGAGGUUCACAAAAAACAACCGACUACGCCGAGAUCCGCCACAAAUGCCAAAAUAACCUUGGAGUCAAGGAAUGUAAGACUGAGCUUCAGGAUGAGGAGGGAGAGUAUGCUGAAGUGCCAGGGACAAGGCCUGGGGCUGAGGGAGAGGAGAAGAAAGGAGGACCACUUCUGAAAAUGGAGAACCAUCUGUGUGUGACCAUAAAUUCACCUGAACCCAUGGAGGAAGCAACACCUGGGAACAUCUACAGAAGCUGACAAGGAUCAUGUUUCAUGGAGGCACCUUUUGAUAUAGAGGAGAGGAAUACAGCUGAGUGUCAGCAUAUCAUUUCUGCUCAGCCUGUGUGCAUUUACUGCAAAAAAGGGCACCAAAGAGAUCAAAGAUGCCACAGAAAGAGGAAGAAGGAAGCC